GCCGCGUUCCUUCACUGCGUGGAAACUGUUUAUUGAGCUGUUCCUUUACUCCCACCGACUUGGGACGUUCGUUUUCGGUCGCUCAACAACUGCGGCAGCAAAGUUGUUCAAAUAGGAGGCGAGGCGACCUCGGGAAAGAAGUCCGGCCUCGAGGAGCCGCCUUAAGGAAAAGUGACUAAGCUGAGCAAUACUGCUUAAGGGGAAUGGUGGGAGCCAAGGGUGCGCCUAAGUAUAGGAAUUCCUCGCGCUCCGGGGAACUCCAAGGAGGGGGCGGGGCUUAGGGCUUUCGCCGCCUGGGAAGGCGGGUCAGUCGUAGCUACCGGUCUCUGCGUGCGCGUGCGCGUGCGCGAUGCGCACCUUCCCGGAGCUGUUUUCGGCUGCAACAUGGAACUAAGCUCCGCGCGGCAAGCAAUACUGCAGCUACUUCGUACCGUGGCGCCGGCAGACCUCCCAGCACUGCUCGAGUGGAUGCGAACUUCCCGAGAUUUUGAUGAGUUCACUCACGAUAAUAAUGACAGUAUGUUGAAAAGCAUAGCAGAAGAUCUUCGGAAUCUCUUACCUCUAGAAACCAUGCUUUCCUCAGAACAUCUAGCCCUCCAAAAAAUACAGCAGCAGCCAGAACCCACAGUUCAUGUGGAUGCAUUCCUUUAUGAUGAAGAUGUUAUUGAUUCAUUAUGUGAGGAAGGAAAAAUGAGCAGAAACUACUGUGUGGUGUGUGGCUCAUACCAGACAGCACCUUUAGGAUUUAUUUCUCAUUCCUUCUCUCUCAUGGAAUUGAAGUUCAUUUACCAUCAUGUACUCCCUGAUCUAUCGGGAAAGCUCUUGGUUGACGUCGGCUCCAGGCUUGGCACAGUCCUUUACGGGGGUUAUCUUUACAGUUCAGCAUUGCAACUGUAUGGAGUAGAAUUGAAUGGAGACUUUUGCCAGUUGCAGGAAAUGAUCAUAAAAAAAUACCAGUUCACUGACAGAAUAAAGGUGCUUCAUGCAGACAUCUGUACCCAGGAUUCACUUCUGCAAAAUGCUGAUGUUGUUAUAAUGAAUAACGUCUUCGAAUAUUUUCUUGAUGAGGCAGAACAGGCCAGAGCCUGGGAAUGUAUCAGCCAUAAUGUAAGGAAACAAGGAUCGUUAUUGGUGACAGUACCAAGUCUUGAAGAGUCUCUCUCAGGUCUUCAGGUUAGUAUACAGUUAUCUUCCUGGGUUGAAGAGGUACCACUGAACUAUGAUGUAUACCCAGAAAAGGAUAUUAACAGGGAAGCUCUUGAACAAAUACAUUUAUAUAAGAUUCUCUAGCACUAAAAUAGUCCUACCUCAGUAUAAUGUUUUUUGAGUAUAUUACAAAAUAAUGAAAAAGAAACGUAACCCCAACACCCUAACACAUAUUUUUUUGUGUAUAUUCCUUUCUAGUCUUUGUACAUAUGUUCACAUAUUUAUAAAUAGUUGCAUUUGUAUAUUUGCAACUUUGAUUUGUGUGAUAAUUUAAUUAAAAUACUUAUC